CUGACAUCUUCCGGCAAAACGACGUCGGGCAGUUCCACCAUCACGGACUGAUCCCGAUUCACCUCCAUUGCCACAGAUCUCUCUCUCUCUCUCUCUCUCUCUCUCUCUAUCGACGAUGGCAUCCCAUUGCAGUCGUCUUCUUCUUCUUCUUCUUCAGCUAUUCCUCAUCUCUUCGCUUCUCUUUGUCCGAUCCAAGGCGGAAGCGACUGGUUCGGUUUUCUUCAUCGACAGUGCCACUCAUAAGUAUCUUCGUGCCCGAUCGCCUCAAGAUGCCAUCGAGUCAAAUACAAUAUCACUUCCUGAAGUCGGUGCUGCAGUCUCUGUCUUGCUUGGUUUACCUCCACCUGCCACGCUUUCAGCUGCUGGUUCUUCAAAGUUGAACGAGGUGCUCAGGCCAAAUCCAUUUGAUAGACCUCGUGCUGCUUUUGUGGUGGAAGUUAGAGGAGUUCAAGAUUCUGAUCAGUUGAUUGAGUUAGAUCUACUCAAAGGUGGACAGAGGAAGGUUGUUUUUGCCUCUGAGAAGGCUAACAUUCAACUACCAGAUGAGGGAGUUUCAGUUGUUGCUAUUGAUGGAUCGGACUCUCUUGAUUCUGGUUCAUUCACUGAUGAAGAGAUCCACAAUUUUGCAUCUUGGAUGGGUGGGUCAUAUGUUCAUGAUGGCUUGGAAGCACUAGCUGGCAAGUUGAUCAUACCGCUGGGAACCAAUGCCAAGAUUUCUCUUUCUUUGUCUAAGAAAGCAGAUAGAGAGUUCACUGCGAGUCUCAUCUCCCUUGUCCACAAUAUUAAAAGAGCAAUUGAGAUGCAUGAGGAUAUCUCACAGAGCACGAUGAGACCUGCUGAAUUAAUCAAAGGCUCAUUUGAUGGCAUCAAGGUUUUGCAGGAGCAUUAUGGUUCUCAUGGUGUUGCAGAACAAGGAGCUAGAUUAUUACUUGCUGUAUUGACCAAGAUGUACAACUCGUUGCAGGCUGCAUAUGAUGGUCAAAUUGUUGGGGCAAUCUUCUUCAACAACGAUGUUUCAUCAGAUGCAUUAUUAAAUGUUAUUGUUGACUCUCGCCCAUCUGCACGAUGGUUGGAAGAAGAGAAGAGUAUUCCCAGUGCUGCUGAUAUAGAGAAAUUGUUGGUUAGGCGAACUCUUGCGUGGCUAACAGGAUUAAUUUUGCUCAUUUCAACUCUCAUUGGGAUUUACUUCCUCCUCAAUAUGCCACUCACGAGGGACACCCUUCUGUAUUCUAAUGUCAAGCUCGAUUAAACAUCAACAGGAGUGGACAAACAUUUUCAAGUUGAGCGGACACCCAGGAGCGUUGUCCAUAUGAUCUUGGAAGAACCGAUUAUGUGAAGCGAGAGAGCUAUUUAUGAAUUUCAGAAUUGAUGCAAAUAUUGGAGGUGGCUGAGCAAGAUCGAAGGAUUAAACUUUGUUGUAGAAUGUCUUGCCUUUGGUUGGUAUGAGUGAAGUUAUUAAGGUUGUAAUUUCUCAGAUGUUUGAAUUCGUUUUGUUCGCGUAAAUAUCUUUAAGUUGCUGAGAAAUAAAAGCAGUAGCCUGUUAUUUUUAAUU